AUGUCCGCCGCCAUGUCGGGCGGCUUCGCAUCUAUGCGCGAGGCCUACGAACAGAGUGAAGGCGCGGCGAGCUACUACGCCGAGCACGGCGCAAAGUAUCGAAACCCGCACGAGCCCGCGCUCACCGCGGCCCUCGCUGCCGCGCUCGGGCGGCUCGAGACGGCUGGCCAGCUGGACUGCUCGACGCGCCGGCUGCGCAUGCUCGAUCUGGCAUGCGGCUCGGGCGAGGCGACGCUUGCCGUCCGCCAGUGGGUAGCGAGCCGAGCAGGCAGGCAGCAGCCGGCCUGCACCGCGGCGGACCCAUUCACGCACCAGGCGUUUGAGGAGCGGGUUGGUGAGCCGUGCAGACGCUGGUCGUUCGAGGACGUGUCCGCCGGCGAGCUCGACGAGGAGGAGCCCUUCGACCUCGCGAUCGCUGUAACGGGCGCCUAG